UGACAUUAAGAAAACAGAAUAAACAGAUGCUAUCUAUUCGUUUUGCGGUUUAUUGAUAUAUCAAAACAUUUAUGUAAAAGGGUUAAACGUGAAUUAGGUUUUAUCAAAAUGUCUGUAAUUGCGGUCCGAGGGUUUCCCCUUCCGUUCACUUUAUCUAAUGUAGUAAAGACUCUAGCAAGAAUAAUUAGUGGACACUUUGAAGCCCUGAAUUUUGAACAGGGAAAAUUAAAGGGACAAAAAUUUAAAACAUGUUAUUUGCGUCUCUCGGAGAAGUUGGACCCUGUUCGCGUUGUUGAGAGGAUAAAUAACAGCGGGAAAACUCUAAAGAGCUUUAGACUGUGUUCGUUUGUUCCAAAACGAGUGCCUGAUCUUCCCCUGGCAACAAAACCAAAGAAGCUAACCCAGAAACUUGCUCGUGCGCUGAAAAUACCAGAUAAUGAUUCACCAGAAAGGGUUAUGAAGUUAGCAAGUUCAGAGAUAUUGAUUGAGUUGCAAAUUAAAUAUCCAGGAUUGUACCACUUGAGCAAGAAGAAUGGGCACCAGCUGCUGACUGAGAUAUCUAAGAAAAUAAUGGACCGUCUCAAAGAGAUAGAACAGCAUCACUCCGAGGCGUUGGAGUCAGGGUUCCGCCUGACGCAGUGGUACCGGCGCAUGCACCCGCACUUCGGCGACUUCCAGCUGGUAUUGGGCACGCUGCACGCGCUGGAGGACGCGGCCUGCCAGAUGCGGACACAGCUGCACGAGAAGGAACUGGCUGCUGUGCCGCCGCAACCAUAUGUAUUCGACAACCUACCAUACUCAGAAGUACAGAAAGCUUGUGCCAAGUAUUCAGACAGGAUUAUUAAGAAGAUUACAGAGCACAUAAAGAAUUUAAAGUCAGACGUGUCCGAGAACGACACAGAAGAUGAAUUAGUGAGGAAAAAGGUCAGAGAAGAACUCAAGAAGAUGGCUCCAUUUAUGCCACAGGUAAUUAAUGUACUUAAGAUUACAAUUUAUAGAAUGGCUAACGUCGGUUUUGGCUACUGGAGAAAGAAUUUCGAAAAUCAUAUUGCGUAUGGAGAUUUUUAUCGUAAAUGA